UAGAACUAUCGAGUGACCGUGGCACUAAGCACGUAGAUCAAGUGAGCUUCUAGACAAAUUAACACUCGCCUAAGAGUUAACGUUAUUCAGUGCAUUAAUAGAGGACAAUCAACUUGUGGAGAAUAAGAUGAAAACUAACCGGGUGUGUUUUUUAAAUAUGGACGCGAAAAGUGUGUUAUUUACUCUCUUUAUCCUGAUCAUACUCCAAUGUCAAUGCAUUCCGUUACAUGAGAACACAACAGAGGAGAAAGAAAGUUAUUAUUGGAGUGAACUUUCCAAACACUACGUUAACUAUGACGAUGUUUCCUUCAGUAAGGAAUUAAACCCAGAACCUGAGACGGAAAUUCCCGGCCUUCCGGAUGCGCAAACGGUUGUGAAGCGUAGUUUACAUCUGUCGCCGGAAAAUGACAAGAUUCAGCUCGAGGCGGACGAUGCAGUGGAAACAGACCUGGAGGUAGCUGAAUCACACCUUUUUCGACCGGUGUUUAGGUACAAAUCGCAGUAUGCCGAGAGGAGACGAGUGCGACAAGUACCAUCGCAGCUUGCCACACGAGUGUUGAGCAAUAGCAGCUAGUAGCAGAUCGCAGAUAGCACCUAAGUGAUAUUUCCAUUUUUAGAAUCCAUUUGUAAAUUGCUCACCAGAUCUCAUUUGUUUGAUAAUAAAAUUCAGAAAUUCUCAUUGAACGUUGGUGGAAUGAAUCGAUAUUAAUUGACUAGACCAAAGCAUUUACACGCUACUUCGCAAAUCGAUCCUGAUCGAUCAUUUUCGAUUUCGCAAAACUUUGUACAGUUGUUCGUUUUUGAUAAAGAGGUCAUUCCAUAAAAUCAGUUAUCAAAUUUACGACUGUUGUUUCUAUAGGGCCCAUCCAAACAUGUGACUGACAACAAUCUAAUUUUUUACAUAUUUAAGACAAAAAUGUUUGCUGCAACAUGUCAAAAUUUGUAAUGGUGAAAUGAAAAACAAGAAAGUUAGGAAUUUAAAAAAAAAUAUUUUUUUCAUUUGACUCAAAAAGGUUUGUUGUUUGGAUAUUUUAUCCAUCAGUCACAUUUUUGAAUAGGCCUUUUUGAAACAAUAGUCGUGAAUCGACAUGUAUGCCUGAAGUGCAUUGGGCAAAAGUGCAACUGCGACGGAAAU